AUACCUCAAGCGACUAAGGAAGCUCUCACCACCAUGGCCACGACUGCUGUCCUGCUCUUGCUCUCACUUUUGGCAGAAGGUGUGGUUUCCUCUGCUGUUGAGAAGCGCCUGGUGUCUGCAAAGCCCUGUGCUGCUACUGAGAGGCCGUAUCAUGCCCGGGUAGUGUACGAGACUCACGAUGGACACAGCUCCACAUGUGCUGGCACGCUCAUCCAUAUGCAAUGGGUGAUCACUGCAUCACACUGCUAUGGCGGGCCUGGCGGCAUUCUGACAGUGGAGCUUGGUGGACAUCCAAAUAACACUGAGAAAAAGUCACUGCGCAUUCAACACGCCAACGUCAUCAUUUAUUCCCCGACAGACGAGCCCAUCAUGUUGCUGAAGCUUCCAGAGGCUGUGAAAAGCAUUGUUCCGGCUGUAAUAAAGCCUGGACAUUGUGUUGUUCCAGAUGAUGGGGGGGAACUGGUGGUGUCUGGCCGUGGUGCCACUAAUGCUGAAGGAGGGUGAUUAUGGAUCCGGUGUUGUGAGGACAGAAAAGGUCACAAAAUCUUCUUUUAUCUUAUGGACCAAAGAAGAGCAGUCUGAGGUGUUCACUGGAGUUCUCAUCAGUGGAGAAGAGGCCUGUGAGGACAAUUUUGUGUUUGUUAACACCUGUGCCGAAAAAAUAAAAUCAUGGAUAGACAGUCUAUUAAAGAUAA